CGUGCGGGAGCGCGGCUGCUGCGGGGUGCCGCGUUUGGCGGCGGACCGAAGCCGAGUUCCGGUAGGGCGGAGGGGAGCGCGGUACGGCGGGGCCGAGCUUGCGGCCUUCCCCUCCGCCGAGUUUCCCGGCGCCAGUCAGAGCCCGGAUCGCUGUGCGGGGCUGGGGCGCAGCGCCGUUCUGCUUAAAGUCGUUCCCUCCUCGCUGCUGCUUUGCUUUCUUCUUUCCCCCUUAGGAGAAGCAGCUGUGCGAUCUGUUGCACGGACGUUGCAUCCUGAUGCUGUCUGGAAAGCUGGGUUUCUCACGGUGACUUCAGAAGAGUUUUCUUGCCGUCAGUUAUUUGCUCUAUUCCGAGGCUGGCACCAGUCUGUUGCUGCCCAAAGCUGAGAGUUUCUCCCCACAGCUCGUGUUGGGGAGCCUUCCCGGUGCCGUGAGGACGAUCCUGUGUCACAAUGCUGCGCUACUGGGGCGAGAUCCCGGUGCCAUCCAACCAGGCCAACCGCAGCUCUUUUGACCUGCUGCAGCGGGAGUUCCGCACGGUGGAGGUGCAGGACCCUCCUUUGCACCAGCCGUCAGCCAACAAACCGCGGCCCACCACCAUGCUGGAUGUCCCCUCCGAGCCCUGCAGCCUCACCAUCCACACCAUUCAGCUCAUCCAGCACAACCGGCGGCUGCGCAGCCUCAUCGCCAUGGCCCAGGCACAAAACCAGCAGCAAGCAGAGGGCAUCAAGACAGAAGACAACGAACCUCUGCCCUCUCGUCCAGCCUCGCCGCCUCUCCCCGAUGACCUGCUUCCUCUGGACAGCAAGCCCCCCAAAAUGCCAUUCCAACUGAGGCACAGUGACCCAGAAAGUGAUUUCUACAGAGGAAAAGGGGAGCCUGUGACUGAGCUGAGUUGGUCCUCCUGUCGGCAGCUUCUCUACCAGUCAAUGGCCACUAUCCUGGCUCACACGGGCUUUGACUGUGCCAACGAGAGCGUCCUGGAGACCCUGACAGACAUAGCCCACGAGUACUGCUUGAAGUUCACCAAACUGCUACGCUUUGCUGUGGAUCGAGAAGCCCGACUGGGGCACACCCCUUUCCCAGACGUCAUGGAGCAGGUCUUUCAUGAAGUGGGCAUUGGCAGCGUGCUCUCACUGCAGAAGUUCUGGCAGCACCGCAUUAAGGAUUAUCACAGCUAUAUGCUUCAGGUUAGCAAGCAGCUCUCUGAAGAGUAUGAGAAGAUUGUCAACCCUGAAAAGGCAGCAGAAGACACAAAGCCUGUGAAGAUUAAGGAGGAGCCUGUUAGUGAUAUCACUUUCCCCAUAAGUGAGGAGCUGGAAGGAGAUCUUGCUUCUGGUGACCAGUCUUUGCCUGUUGGAGUUCUCGGAGCUCAAAGUGAGAGAUUCUCUGCAAAUUUGGAAGUAGAAGCUUCCCCACAGACUUCAGGGGCUGAGGUAAAUGCUUCCCCACUCUGGAACUUGGCACAGGUGAAAAUGGAGCCACAGGAAAAUGAGGAGGCCAAUGUACAUGGCCAUGGAGUCCUAGGCAGUGAUGUCUUUGAGGAGCCUAUGUCAGGCAUGAGUGAAGCUGGGAUAGCACAGAGUCCCAAUGGUUCUGAGAGCAGCUAUGGUUCUCAUUCUGCUGACAGUCUGAUGGGAUCCUCACCUGUCUUCAACCAGCGCUGCAAGAAAAAGAUGAAGAAGAUGUGAAGAGAGGGGGCCUUUUUAUUUAGUUCUGAUGGACUUGAAACAAACCAAGAGAGUUCUAUGAUGGCUGUGAUGUAUAAAUGGGGCUGGCCCUGGUGUAUGAGGAGGCUUGCAUGAAAUUGUUAUGAGAGAUUUGAUGUGUAGUGCACUUCAUCUCUCCUCAUAGCUGGCUUCUGUGUUCCAUCCUGACUCAUGAGACUGAAGAUAACUGGAUGCAUUUGAUGGUGUCAUGGCUUGCUUUGGCAGACUAAUGAGGAAGUUACAAGUGGAAAACAGCCGUGAGGAGAUUUGUUAAGUCACAGAAUCAUUGAAUAAUUUGGGUUGGAGCUUUCUAGUCCAGCCAAGGCAAAUAGAACAGGUUUUGCAGGGCCUUGUCUCAUUGAGUUUUGAAUAUCUACAAGAAUGGUGAGUGAAAAAAGAUAGUGAAUGCUCUCUUGGCAACAUUUGCCAGCAUUUGACUACCCUCAUAGGAAAAAGAUUAUUCUUACAUCCGCUGGAAUUUUCAUGUUUCAACUUGUGUUCAUUGUUUCAUUUUCUAUCACUGUUCAUCUCUGAGUUCCGUCUGACUUUUUCUUCUCUAAUCUGCAUAUGAAGUGGUUGUAGACAAUGAGAUCUCU